AUGGCAUCAGACGGACGAAAGCCAUGGUGGCGGAUACAAUGGUUCGCGGACGAGGACACGCGCGAGGAGAGGAAGCUCAUCUUCAAGCUCGACCUCCUCAUCGUCCCGUAUGCAUUCCUUGCAUACUGGACAAAGUACAUCGACCAAGCCAACCUGAACAAUGCGUACGUCUCCGGGAUGAAAGACGAUCUCGGAUUCGCGGGCAACGAGCUGGUCCAAUUACAGACAAUGUACACGGUCGGCGCGGUCGUGGGCCAGAUUCCGUUCAUGUUCCUCUUUACAUUCCGCGCCAAGAGCUUCGCUGAAAUUGCGGCGUAUCGCUUCCUUGUCGGGUGGUUCGAGGCGGCAUUCUUUCCUGCCAUGCAUUACAUAUUUGGCGCUUGGUACAGGGGUGACGAGAUCGCUCGACGGGGCGGCGUGUUUUACGUUGGGCUCACGCUGGGAACGCUGACCGCCGGUCUGAUCCAAGCUGGUGCUUCGUCCUCACUCCAUGAUGUCAAUGGCCUAGCAGGAUGGCGUUGGAUGUACAUUAUAUGCGCCAUCAUUACGAUUCCUAUUGGAAUUCUGGGUUACUUCAUCUUACCGGGAACGCCAGACAAGCCCAAUAAGAUAUUCCUCAAACAGACGGAUAUCGACCUGGCAGUACAGAGGCUUAAGAGAGCUGGUCACGCGACCACGGGCAAAUUCGAAUGGCGCGUAAUCAAACAGCUUGCUACGAAGUGGCAGUUCUGGGCCCUCGUGUGGCUCGACAUAUUCUUCUGGAACGGCAGCAUAAACACGUCGACCGGCGGCUUCCUGCUAUGGAUCAAGAGCCUGGACCGCUACUCGACCCCAAAGGUCAACGAGCUCGGCACAAUCUCGCCGGCGUUGGGGAUAUUCUACACCUUGCUGAUAUGCUUCGCAUCGGAUCUCUUCCUCGGCCCUGCCUGGGCUAUUACCGCAGCGCAUGUCUGGAACAUUAUCGGGCUUAUCAUUCUGGUUGUCUGGAAAGUUCCGGGGCCGGCACUCUGGUUUGCCUUCGCCACGACCUACUCUGCGGUGGCCAUGUCUAGCGUGUUGUAUGGCUGGGUUAACCACCAGCUACGAGGGUCUCCGGCACAGCGUGCUUUCACUCUAGUACUCAUUAAUGCGGUUUCUCAGUCAACUACGGCUUGGACACCGCUGCUUGUCUUCCCGACUGUCGAGGCGCCCCGGUUCACGAAGGGCUACUCGUUCGUCCUGGCGAAUGCCAUCUGCCUGAUCGCACUGGCACAUUUCAUACGUAUUUUCCUCAAGCGACAGGAAUCGAGCGCAGACACUGAUGAGGCUGAGGCUGAGGCUUCAGACACCGAGGGAGUGGUUGCGAUCCCCAGCACAGAUGGGGCCAAGGCCGAUGCUGUCUAA